AUGUCCGCCCCCAAGGUGUCCACCAACGACUGGCUCGCCGCCGCCAAGUACCGCCGCUCCGUCUACGGCCUCAAGGGCACGUCCAAGGUCUCGGAUAGCCGCGUCAAGGAGAUUAUCGAGGAGGUCCUCGCCUUCGCCCCCUCCUCGUACAACACCCAGCCCGUCCGCGUCACCCUCGUCACCGGCGAGAAGCACAAGCAGUUCUGGGACAUCGUCAUCAACACGGCCGAGCCCAUCCUCAAGGGCGCCGGCGCGGCUGUGUGGGACAAGAUGAGCGGCAUCCUGCAGUCGCACAAGGCCUCCUACGGCUCGGUCGUCUUCUGGGAGGACACCAACAUCACCGAGGACGCCAAGAAGACUCACGCUUCCUUCGCCCACAUGUUCGAGUCCUUUGGCGAGCACGCCACUGGUAUGAACCAGAUCCUCGUCUGGACCGCCCUCGAGCUCGAGGGUCUCGGCGCCAACCUCCAGCACAUGAACGGCAUCCCCCCCGUCGAGGAGGCGCUCAAGAAGUUCCUCGACGUCCCCGCCAGCUACAAGCUGCGCGCUCACCUCAACUACGGCGAUGAGCCGGCCGCUCACAACGACGCCGUGCCCCCCAAGCUGCCCCCCACCGAGACGUUCAAGUACGUCAACUAA